UAUUAUGUGGGGCACAUCGAGCAACCUUUCUCUGCAUAAGGGGCACCUGUGCGGGCUUUGGCCCAAAAGCACGUUCCCGUGUGGCCAACCUGUCGGAAACAAUGUUUUCGUUGGUGUUACAAAGGAGUGUUUCAUCAAAUGUCGGUGAGUUUGUUUUCAACCGGAACCCAAGAAGUCUUGAAAAACUGCGCAUAGCUUUUAAACCCAAGGGUUGGCACCUGGAAAAACCUGGAAAAUCAUUUUGGCACAAGCUUACUUUUGAGAGGACUAGUAGGCACCUGACUUCGAGACUGGUUCACUUCAAGAAUGGCACUGUUUUAACAGCUUCGACUAAAGAGUGGGCCAUACGGAAGUUCCUCUACUCGACUGUCGAUAAGUCGGCAUACAUGAACCUCGGCAGAGUCAUGUCACAGCGAUGCUUACAGUGCGGGAUAACUGAAAUGAUCAACGACAAUUUGGAGGUCAAAAGUGACAAUUUGAAAUUGUUUUAUGAAGAAAUGGAAAAAAAUGGGAUCUCUUUCCAGGAACCUGAUGCCUACGUUAAUCCGAGACCUUCUGAUAUCGAGAGACCUGAAAAAUCAUGGGAAAUACACAUAUAAUUUUUCCCCUUGCUAGUGUGUAAAUACUUAAAAAUUACUUUUUAAAUAAAUAAAUUAGGUUUUUUGUUUUGUUUU